AUGAGUGGGGGGCGGUUGGCGGAGAAGGUUGUGGAUGAACCGAAAAAACCGCCGAUAACCAUCUUCGAGUUGGGUUCUCCCGACCGACCGAAAAAGGAAGAAAAGUCCGACUGCGGUGGUGGUGGAACAGACUAGCUGGCAACAAAUAUCUUUUGGAUUGACGAAAGCAUUUUCUAAAAACUUUUCAAUUCUGCAAAAGGUUCCUUUACCCUCACAGACUAUAGUUUAAGAAUCAAAAACCUUCGAAAAAGAUUGUAAAAAUAUUUAUAACAAGAGAUCAUCAGAGAAAAAGCAUCGAAGAAACAAAAAAACUAAAACUUCUUCGGUUCCUUGAAGGCAACAAACCGUAUAAUCCAUUCCAAACAUUAUGUGAACACAAAAAACCGCUCUUUUUUCUCACAGAACGGUCCGCCAAAGCCGGAACACGCCUGGCGAAAAUUGAGGAAGCGACAAAAGCCGCGAGAAAAAAAAAUGGACGGACAAACACAAACAGAACCCGAACAGAAGCCGAGGGAAAAAAGCCAUAACGAUUACAAGUAGAAGGGCCAGUUUUUCGUCACUUAAAAAUUUUUCUACGAGUAAAGAAAAGUGAAGAUUUUGUUGGGAGAAGCUGGGAAAUUUGUAUCGAUCACGACGAUAGGAUUUUUGGAAGAGACUAUUUUGCAAAUAAUUGAUCAAAAAAUUGGCGAAAGGGUCUUCGGAAGAAGUGAUGAGAGCUCAUAAUUGGAAUAAUCAGUAGGAAAUGGUCAUCGAUUACGACGGGAUACUUGAAGGAGGCUAUUUUGCAAAUAUGUGAUCAAAAAAUGACCGGGAAACUUUUUGAAAAAAGUGAGGAUAGCUCAAAAUUAGAAAAAAAUCAGUCUAAGCCGAAAAUUUGAGCAAAAGCCACUCAUCGGAAAAAGAAAUUCGGAGUUUAUCGCCUUUUGAACCAAUGAAACUAUGUCCUCAAAGGCGAAAAAACAGGUAAUUUGACUCUGUUCUGGGCAAUGCCGUGGGUAAUGGACACCCGGCGCGAAGCGGUAAAAAUCGCCGCGCAAAAAUGAGGCCAAACAGUGGCUUAUCGGCUCGCCCAGAAAGUUGUUCUGAGUUUUCGACCUUCACUUUCAUUCAUUAGUAAAACACCACGAAUUAGGUAAAAUUGAAAGUUCAAGGUUCAAGGUGAAACCAUAUGAACUCAAAAGUACUGUAUUUUUUGACUAGCUCAAAACUUUCAAAGAAAACUGUAGGGUUUCUGAAGGGUACUUUUAAGCCUAACAAUGAGUUGAUCAUAUCGAAAUCAAUUCGUGGGUCCUUUGAAAAAAUAAAUAAAAUAAGCACUUGAAAACCUAGCUUCAAAAUAAAUAUCCGAUCCUUUCCACUAGUGAUUUUUAAAAAAAUGCCUUUAGAAAGUCCAAAUUUUCAAAAAUCUCAAAUUAAGGUGCCUCGGCUCUUCUGGACUAAAUCAAGCUUGAAGUUCAGUUACAAAAGUUCUAGGUUUGCAAAAAAUCCUUGGAGAGUGUGUACAUCAUUUUGAUGCAGUCACUUUAUUUCUAGUUCGCUUCAUAUACGUUCAAAAUGAAAAAUUCGAAAGGAAAAAAAAAUCAUAUAACUUAGUCACCACUUAAGCGGCUCCUUUUUGAACUUAAAACGGCUGCGCGGUGUUUAUUACCUAUUUUUAAUCACUUUCCUCACAUAUUUUCCCAUGUCUAUUUUUUUUCUCGUUUUUUCAUGGUACUCAUUCAUGAUAAAAACAGAAGACUUUUCUCAAGUAAUAACUACGAUAUUUAAUUUCUAAGUCUGCUACAUUCUGAGCUCGUCACCGCGCAACUGAACCAACUACCGGCAAAAAAAAAAAGAAAGGACCGUAAGACCAUGCUUUCAAGUUGAUCAACUACACAAUGGGACUCCCAGUUCCCUAAAGUUCGAUAUGACUCCAAAUGUUCUUGCCUAGUCAUUUACAUCUAUGACUAAAAAAAGACUAAUUGGAAUAAAAGGAAUAAUGAGUUCAAUGAGCGGGACGAAAAAUGACUGGAAGAAUAACCGUUUGAGGGACGAUCUAUUUGGGGACCUGCGGAUUGGAGCAGACGUGCAUGAUGAUUGAUAUGCGCGCCGCUGCAACGACGUCUUCUUCUUCUCUCCUUUUUUCCAGCCUACAGUCCCCCCGAAAACGGACGUUGACAAGGCGGCCAUCUGAUUUACAGCUGUCAAUUACCUACUGGGCUUGCCCUCCUGCCCGCCUAUCCAGUCAUCUACCGCACGACGACCGCUUUUUGA